CCCUGAUUUUCCAGGGAGUGUUCCCCCUUUUCAGUGAUGGAGGUAUUGCAGUGUGAUGGCUGUGACUUCCGCGCUGAGUCAUAUGAUGAGCUGAAGACCCACAUUCAGGAAGUACAUACCGCAUUCCUGCAGCCUGCAGAUGCAGAUGAGUCUGACUCUUCAAAAGACGAAGUUGAAGAUGAGGAGGAAGAAGAGGAAAAUGAUGAAGUGGAUGACAAAGAUUAUACACCUCCUAAAGCUGGAAUUAGCCCUAAUUCAACUGAGAAUUCCAACCAAGUAUCACAAAAGCAGGCCGGCGAAUCCCAUCUGCCUUUUUACCAGUGUAAAUUCUGUGUCCGUUACUUCAGAUCAAAGUCGUUCUUAAGAAACCACACCAGAAAGGUGCAUAAUGUCAUAGAGGAUGAUUCUGAUGCAAGCGUCUCCUCAGAGUCUGCGAAGGAGCCUGGCUAUGUCAUUACAAUGCACAAUGACCAUUCAAAAGUCUAUUCCUGCCAGUAUUGCACAUACAAGUCUCCACGCAAAGCAAGGAUAAUGAAACAUCAACUUAUGUAUCAUAAUAAAGGUCCAUCAGAGAACACUGGCAAAGCUUUGGAACGUGCCGAGACUGGAACGGCAUCUGACACAACCAGUGGACCCCCCAAGGGGACAUUUGCCUGUGAAUGGUGUGACUACCAGACCGACCAGAAAGACAGCUGGACUUGUCAUGUGGUGAAGGAACACAGUGACAAGGUUAAGAUAGUUUCCUGUGAUAAGGAAGAAGAGAAAAGGUUAACACCACCCAAGACAGAUUCUCCAUCCUCUUCUCAAAGCCCGCCUAAAUCAAAAAGUAGCUUUAGUGACAUGCGUGGAAAGGACGAACUGGUAGCCCCAACACCGGAAGGCACACCGGGGAAGUCGGUUGCCGAUAUCUCAUCUUUUCAAUAUGCACAAAUCAGUACUGCAACUCCUAACAGCACAGGCUCCUCCAUUUUAUCCAGGAGGUUUUCUUUGUCUGAUGUCUCCAACAAUGUCAUAGAUGUGGAUUCCAACUUGGUUAAUGAAGAAGAUUCUAGGAGCAGCUUGGAGGAGGAUGACGAUGAAGAGUUGGGUGAUAUUGAUGAUCCUAGCUACACUGGGACUCUGUCAGCUGAUGUAAAGCAACUCUUAAGUGCUGAGGAUAAUAAAUUACUGGAGACAAAAGGAAUACCAUUUAGAAAAUACAUGAAUCGAUUUCAGUGCCCUUUCUGCUCGUUCCUCACGAUGCACCGGCGGAGCAUCUCUCGGCACAUUGAAAAUAUUCACCUUUCUGGCAAAGCUACUGUAUAUAAAUGUGACAAAUGCCCAUUUAUUUGUACCAGCACUCACAAACUUACCGCACACAAGCAAGCCCAUAAUUCACAAGACUUGGAAACUUUGGACUUAACAAAUGAUAGUCCAGAUCCUCAGAAUGACGGUAGUUCAGAGCCAGUUAAUGGGGGUAGCGUGAGCUCCAGAGUCAACGGGAAAAGGAAUGCAAGCACACUGAAUGAACAGCAGUACCCUCACCGAUGCACUCUCUGCACUUUCUCCACUACUACUCUGAAAGGUUUGAGGGUUCACCAGCAGCAUAAACACUCCUACUGUGAUGACCUAGAUCCCACUGUCUUUGAAGCCCAGCUUAAUGACCAGGCAGAGUCUGAGGUGGACACUUCUCCAAUCUUUCUACAGAAAACUCAGACCUCCAUUUUAGGACUUGCCACAAAAAAGCCACUAGUAACAGUGAAAAGAGCCAGGAAGUCUAUUAAUGACUUGCCUUUGGAUUUGUCCUCUGUGAAGAAGAGAACAAGAAUUGAUGAAAUUGCUAGUAACCUUCAAAGUAAGAUAAGCCAAAGCCAACAGGAUAUGAUAAUAAAUUUGGAUGAUAUCGAUGAUGACGACAUUGGAGAAAGUGCUCCAAAUUCUGAUAAAGAAGGAAGGAAUCAUGACAUUACAAGCCCUGUGUUUGCUUACAACACACAACAGUUUCAUGAUGGAGGCAGAAUUGGAAAAAGAAAGAGCAACCCUAAAUCAAAACUGAAGAGCAUUCCUAUAUCAUUGACUCUCUCAGAUGACAGUGAAAAUGUCUCUAAUGACCUCAGUGAUGGUAGGGACAUUACCCAAGACAAUGCAGAAUAUGCAGAUGAUUCUGGAGCAUCACGUUUCUAUUGCAAACACUGUGAUUACCACAAUAAGUCAGCCCGUAGUGUCAGCACCCAUUAUCAGAGAAUGCACCCUUACAUCAAGUUCAGCUUUAAGUACAUCCUGGACCCCGAGGACCAGAGUGCUGUCUUCCGGUGCUUAGAAUGCUACAUCGAAUACACAAGUUACAAUGAUUUACACCAACAUUACAUGGAUCACCAUCCUGAGGCAAGCAACGUGCUCAACUUCAACCAACCAAACCUGAUUUACAUGUGUCGCUUUUGUUCAUAUACAAGCCCCAAUGUAAGGAGCCUAAUGCCCCACUACCAAAGAAUGCACCCUACAGUAAAAAUCAACAAUGCCAUGAUCUUUUCGAGCUAUGUAGUGGAGCAAGCCCACAAGACGGCUGAAUCACAAACACUGAGGGAAAUAUUAAACUCGGGUCCCAAGAGUUUCAAUUCUGCAACAUCCACUCCAAGGUCUACCUCCAGUCCAGUGAUGAAAACAGCCUCCAAGACCCCUGAAGCUGCCACUGAGAGUGACACUUUGAAAGACGCUGUGGGUGGAAAUGUUGUUUUAUAUGACUGCGAUAUAUGUUCAUUUGCUAGCUCAAACAUGCAUUCUGUUUUGGUCCACUAUCAGAAGAAACACCCAGAGCAAAAGGCAUCUUAUUUCCGUAUACAGAAAACCAUGAAGGUCAUCUCAGUAGAGCAAUCACCACCUGUUAGCAACUCCUUUAACCUCAGCAUGGCUACACCCCCAAAACCAUCAAGCACAUCACUACUUGGAUCUGCUGAAGAGACAUUCUACUGUAAACAUUGUGUGUACAGCAACAGAUCUGUUGUUGGUGUGUUAGUCCACUAUCAAAAAAGACAUCCAGAGGUUAAAGUGACAGCGAAAUAUAUCAAGCAUGGUGCUCCGACCCCUGGAUUGAUGAAAUUAAUGGAAGAAUUGCAGAUCGCAGCUCCAAGACAGUUUUUGAAACAGUUUCAAAAUAACGGUCACGAUGGAACAAGCAACUCCAGCCCAAAACCUGGAAGCGGUAAUAAAGCUGAGGAUGAGUUAUUUUUUUGUCAGCACUGUGAUUAUGGCAACCGCACUGUAAAAGGCGUUCUUAUUCAUUAUCAGAAAAAACACCGGGACACCAAAGCCAAUGCUGAGUUGGUACGUCGCCAUACUGCAAUUGUCCGGAGUCAGCGUGAGCGCGCACAGAUGGUUCAGUCGAGCGGCAUCUCUUCUGCAAUACCAGCUCCUUCAGAGUCUGAAAAUGCUAGGCCACUACGUACCCUGAGGUGCAAACACUGUACUUAUACAUCUCCCUAUGUCUAUGCCCUCAAGAAGCAUCUGAAGAAAGAGCACCCCACCGUGAAAGCUACAGCCAUGACCAUUCUACACUGGGCUUACCAAGAUGGUAUUCUGGAGGCUGGCUAUCAUUGUGAGUGGUGCAUUUACUCGCAUGCUGAACCCCAAGGUUUGUUACUCCAUUACCAAAGACGUCAUCCAGAGCACAAUGUUGAUUACGCAUAUAUGGCAAGCAAGCUGUGGGCUGGGCCAGAUACUACACAACAAGGUAGCAAUUUGGAAGCUAAACAUUACAAAUGCAGAGACUGUGCAUUUGAGGCCUGCACAAUAUGGGAUAUUACCAGCCACUAUCAAGCAGUUCAUCCAUGGGCCAUUAAAGGUGAUGAAUCUGUACUUCUGGAUAUUAUCAAAGGAAAUGACUCAACUGAAAAGGUGCACCAUCCACUUCCCAAAGAGCAUGUGACUUUCAAUUCCCUGUCUGCAGAAGAUGAUGGCGUACUUGUCAUUGAUACCCCACCUCGAGAAAUCAGCCUUCAUCCUUCGCACCCACGUCUUUCCAUUUCCAAUAAUCCUUAUCAGUGUACUGUAUGCCUAUCCGAGUACAACAGUCUCCAUGGCCUCCUUACUCACUAUGGGAAGAAGCACCCAGGCAUGAAAGUGAAGGCGGCAGAUUUUGCACAGGAAGCAGACAUAAACCCCAGCUCUGUUUAUAAAUGCCGCCAUUGUCCGUAUGUUAACUCUCGUAUUCAUGGUGUCUUAACUCACUAUCAGAAAAGGCACCCGUUGGUGAAAGUCACUGCGGAAGACUUUGCAGAUGAUAUAGAACAAAUCACUGACUUAAAUGAAGGCGAUGACAAAUGCAAAACCCAGAGACAGGGCUAUGGCGCAUACAGAUGUAAAAUGUGCCCAUAUACACACGGGACGCUGGAGAAGCUCAAAAUCCAUUAUGAGAAAUAUCACAAUCAGUCAGCCUCUGAUAUGUUUUCUCCGUCUCUGACAAAUUUCUGCUGUAGUAAAGAAACCGAGCCGGUAGCUGAGUGUAGUGCCAGUAAUAUAUCGAGCACAGCAAAAGUCCAAGAGGUCAGUGAAUUGGACCUUGCUCUUUCCCAGUUACCCAUGAACAAGACUGAGAAACAUGCUGUCUUCAAGUGUCAGCUCUGCAAAUAUUUCUGUUCCACCAGGAAAGGCAUCGCCCGCCACUACCGCAUCAAGCACAAUAACGUUCGUGCUCAGCCAGAGGGUAAAAACAAUGUCUUCAAAUGCGCUCUGUGUUCAUACACAAACCCGAUACGGAAAGGAUUGGCAGCACAUUACCAGAAGCGCCACGAUAUCGAUGCCUAUUACACCCAUUGUCUGGCUGCUUCCAAGACGGUGACUGAAAAGCCUAAUAAAGUGAUGGUGCCCCUAUCAUCUGAAGGGGACAACUCAGAAAUGAGUGAAGAGCUACGUUUGGCGAUAGAUAGGCGACGAUGUUCUCUUUGCUCCUUCCAUGCCUUCAGCAGAAAGAGCAUUGUUUCACACUACAUUAAACGCCACCCAGGUGUCUUCCCUAAGAAGCAGCACGCUAGCAAGCUUGGCCGCUACUUCACUGUUAUUUAUGCCAAAGAACCUGCCAGCGGGACAACGGACGAAGGCAAAGAAGGGCUUGAGGCUGACUUUGAAUCUGAGCAGGACCAAGACGAUGACUGGCUGCCAUUUAAGUGUCAAAAAUGCUUCCGGUUGUCCUUCAGCACAGUUGAACUGCUCUUUAUGCACUACAAUGACCACCACAGUAAUGACUUGAAGAGGGACUUUGUGGUAUCUCCAAGUCCUGGAGAUGAGGACUCUGAGAUCUACCAGUGCUCUCACUGCGAGCUAAAGUUCCUGGCUCUCCCAGUUCUAGCCAAGCAUCUCAUGAAUCAUAAUGAGGAGUUUCAGAAGAGGGCCAUGAGGCAAGAGAGGAGGAGGCAACUCAUCAGCAGACACAAACCUUCAGAGCUACCUGGGACAAAAAGUGACAAGGAAACCGGUAUAAGUAAAGCCCCCCUGGGAUUCAGAUGCAACUUCUGCGUUGAGGUGCACUCCACACUCAGAGCCAUCUGCAACCACCUUAGGAAGCAUGUCCAAUAUGGAGAAGUCAAAGAGGGGCAUGUUAAGCAGGAGGCUAGCGAGCUCCCUCUGACUGUCCCUUCAGAGAACCUAGCAAACGGUGAAGUUGAAGGGGAUGAAGAAGUAGCUGAAGCUGACGGCCUCGAGGGAUCACCGAGUGCGGCGCUGGGAUCUCCCUUGGUAUCCACAGACACCGGAGAGGAUACGGUUGCCGAGGAGCCUCUUGAGCCACAAACUGAUGCCGUUGAAGGGAAAGCAGCAGCCCUAGUGGCUGCGGCGAGGGCCUCCGUUUCAGAGGGACAGCUGAAGCAGCGCUUAGCAACAGGGGGGCAUCCAUGUGCACAAUGCGACCGUGUCUUCAUGUCCAUGCAGGGACUAAGGUCCCACGAGAGGAGCCACACAGCAAUGGCACUGUUCACCAAAGAGGACAAAUACAGCUGCCAGUACUGCCAGUUUGUGUCACCUUUCAGACACAAUCUAGACAGACAUGUGCAGUCUCACCACGGUCACCACAAGCCCUUUAAGUGCAAGUUCUGCCCCUUUAAAUCUUCCUACGUGAGUCGCUUGAAGAGCCACCUGUACAAGACGCAUACAGGUGAGCACACAUACAAGUGCGUGUCGUGUCCAUUCUCCUCUAUGACCAUCAGCCAGCUGAAGGAGCACUCGCUGAGGGUCCACGGUGAGGCCCUGACGCUGCCCAAAAUCCGGGCUUCUACCCAGGCUGCCCACGCCACCAUGAAACCCUCCAAGCCUACCGCAAGCCCUGAGGAGACUCCCACAAUUCCAGAUGAACCAGAACCAUCAUACCUGGAGCCCCCGGAUGUUCGUCAGCAGCUUAGUCAUUACCAGCUGGCCUCUCGCAGUCAGAUGUCUUCAAGCUUAACACCUGGUAGCUCGACAAUUUCUGACAGUCGACCAGAUGGUAUUCUCACUUGUGAGUUCUGUGAUUUCAGCUCUGGAUAUAUGCAGAGCCUACGCCGGCACUACAGGGACCGCCACGGAGGCAAAAAGCUCUUCAAGUGCAAAGACUGCUCUUUUUUCACCUGGUAUAAGAAUAACUUCAGCAUACACGUGGAGGCAGGUCACAACAGCAGUGCACCUGAUGAUUCCUUGAAAGACAUGCGCUGUCCUCUCUGCCUCUACCACACCAAACACAAGAGCAAUAUGAUCGACCACAUUGUCCUGCACAAAGAGGAGCGUGUGGCUCCGCUGGAGGUGAGCCGCUCCAAGCUGUCACGCCACCUUCAGGGCCUUGUGUUCCGUUGCUACAAAUGUACCUUCACGUGCUCCAAUGACCAGGCCCUGCAGAUGCACCUCCAAAAGCACGAUGAGAUCAAACCGUAUCAGUGUCAGCUGUGCUAUUAUGACAGCAACCGACAGAGCCUGCUGGAGGAGCAUCUCCGUGUUGAGCACAAGGUCAUCCGCAACUUUGAGCUGAUGGGCCGGGUCAACCUGGACCAGCUGGAGAUGAUGGAGCAAGGGAGCAGCGAAGAGGAGGAAGAAGAGACAGAGAUGAGUGAGGUGGUGGUGGAUGGAAAGAUGGCUCCAGUAGAGGAGGACGACGACGACGACGAAGAAGAGGAGGAAGACGAGGAGGAAGAAGAGGAGGAGGAAAUGGAAACUUUGUUGAAUUUGGCAGAGGAUUCAGCAGAGAUGGAUGUUGAAGAGCUAGAAAAUGACAUCAAAGACGAAGACGUGGAAGACGAACAAGAAGACGAUCAAGAAGAACACAGAGAGGAGACAGAGCCAGAGAAACCUGCCAUACAAGGGGUUCUUGUGUCUCCAUCUGGUAGUAGCAGCAGCAACGGUGGCAGUAAUGUUGCCGGCGGUGUAGAGAAGCGUCUUCCCUGUGAAUUCUGUGGCCGCUGCUUCACCAACAGCUUUGAGUGGGAACGACACGUCCUUCGACAUGGCAUGAUGGUAAGCAACAGCCGGACGGACACCAGCACCAGUUCAGCAAUACAGGCCUCAGCUCCGUCUUCCAGUGGCUCGUCCGUGUUGAUGGACACGGGGUUGGACCUGUCCAACAACAGUACUGAGGAGGAAACCCCCACAGAUGUUUCUCAGAGAAAUCAAAGUGAGCACAUGGAAGUCAAAGAACUGCUCGACACCAAAAACGAUCAACAGUUUGAUUGACGUGACAGUAGCCUCUUGGGACAAUGUGCUCGCAAAAGGUAAUAUUUGGAAGGAUUGGCACUGAGUUGGAUGCAAAAAUAAGACAAUAUCUGGGGAAAGAAAAGAUGGAACCUGUCAGCCUGAAUACAAAGUGACUUCUAAUGAGUUGGUACAUUUUUAGAUCUUAGGUGUUACAUAUAUAUAAGUGUUAGGUUUGCUGCAUAAAACGGUUGAGCUCUUGAAAUGAGUGGUCCCCUAGGACAGAUUUAAUAUAUUGGUAACCAAUAGUGAACAGAACUCUUUAUUUCUGACAUUCUGGUCAAAUCUACAGUGAAAGACCCUGCCUAGAUCAAACUAUUUAUCAACAAUGCUGUCCUAAAUGACGAAUUGGGAGUUGACUUUUAUGCUUUACACAUCCUUUGU